GUUGUACUCAGACAGAUCUUAUGCGAGAGCUACAGUUGUUCUCAAAUGCACAAGGGGAGACCUUUUCUCGUCCUAUCGCCAAAGAAAGUAGGACAACUAUGAUGCCAGAUAAUUGGUGGAGCUUUUUUGGCCCAACGACACCAAAUCUUCAGAAGUUGGCCAUUCGCAUCUUGAGCCAACCAUGCAGUGCAUCUGGUUGUGAGCGCAAUUGGAGUAUGUUUGAGCACAUACACUCCAAGAGGCGCAAUAGAUUAUCCGUGGAGAAGAUGAAUGAUCUUAUCUUUGUUCACUACAACCUCCGCCUGAGAAUGAGAAAGAAUGCAUUAGCUGACAUCUCUCCUAUCAUUCUAGAUGAGGUUGAUCCUGAGGCAGAGUGGGCCAUUGAGACAGAUCCUGUGGCUAUCUUUAGUGAUGAUGACACUGAUUGGAUCGACCAAGUAGAUAUAGAGGCUGAGGCUGUAGCCAUGGCAGAGGAGGAGCAAAGAGCACGAGCAGAGAGAGGAGAUUCAGAGGCAGAUGGUGAUAGUGACACAGAUGGUGACAGUGACACAGAUGUUCCUGAUGUUGGUGAGCAUGGCGUGGUGUCACGAGGAGCGGCUAUGGCUGCCCAAUCAUCUAUGACCUACCUUAGACGCCUUCGUAGGGGGCCGGGGCCUUCAUCGGAGCCGACGUCGGGGCCGGAGGGUGCAGACUCCUCUGCGCCAUAGGCUUGUAGAUGUAUUUACCUUUGUUAUUUGUAUGGAACAUUUGAUGAUGAUCAUAUGAUGACAUGGAUUUUUUAUUCCAUGAGUUUUGUAAUAUUGUAUACAUUUGACAAUAUUUAUAUAUCUAUGUUUGUUA